AUGAAGUACGUUGACUCUCCUUCUCUCUCCAAACAGCGAAUAUUAAAAUCAUUGGCGACAACCAAAUUUGUAAUGAGUUGUGUACUUAAGAUAUUCGAGUAACUAUCGGAACGAACUGGCUUUCAACAGUCAACAAAAGAUGGAUGCAGUUCCAGGGAGAAUCGUACCUGAGGCUACAGGGUCUUCCCAUGACCACACUUAUUGUCAGCCAUGUGCUGAAGAUGGGAAGAAAAUCCUUCCCGAAGCCUUCUGUCCCGUCUGCAAGGAGUUUGUGUGUUCCGCUUGCGCCCGAGUACACAGGAACAUGAAGCUUACCAAAAGCCACGUCCUCCAGGACAAGAGCAGUAUGCCUUCCUCAUUGCAUGCUGAUAGUGAGGAUGAGACGUUUACAGAGACAUGUCAGUUCCAUGCGAAAGAGUUUAUAAAAUAUUACUGUACCAACCAUGAAGCACUUCUGUGUGGUGAAAGCGUAGUUGAUAAUGAAGAACAUCGGUCUUGUAAAGUAAAGAAAAUUUCUCAAUUGGCAAAACAAUACAAAGAGGGUGCAGAAUACAAAAAUCUGAAAACAGGUAUUGUGCAGAUGGUCAGUGACAUUGAGAACUAUUUGUCGUCCAUACAGGCGAACAUGAAAUUAGUUGACGAAGAAAGUCUUACCAAUAUCAAUGAGCUUCGAAAGUUCAAGCAUGAGAUCAACCAGUUAUUGGAUAAGAGGGAGAACGAAUUACUGGGAGAAAUUGAUCGGAAGAAACGGGAAUCCGAGACGCUGCUUAAUGAAAUGAAAGCAAGCUGUCAAGACAUUAAAACUGCCACGGAGAAGCUUAAGGCUGAGCUACAGGCUAAGGAGGUCAACAACAACCAGUUGUUCAUAUCUGGAACAAGGGCGAUCAAGGAGUUAGUCGGUCUUCAGUCAUCAUUUGAGAAUAUCAGGAGAAGGGGUCAAGUUCAACACUCCAAAUUCAGUAGGGACCCAGAAACAGAACAGCUGCUGUGCUCAAACGCAGCAAUUGGCAGAGUUGACCAGGUGGCAUCAGAUUUGGCAGACCGGCAGACACAACCUCAGUGGCCAGCCUUAAACCAGAGCCGUGCAGACCUAAGCCAGUCCCAGUUUAGCAAGCUGCCUGACAUUCCAGUGAAGACGGCAGCAGACACCAGAAACUGCUUCCUGACCGGUGUGGCCUUUCUGUCCGGAGAGAGGCUCCUACUGGCUGACUGCCACAAUUGCUCAGUAAAGCUUGCGGACACCACUACCAACAAGAUGGUGUCCCAGGUGAAACUCCCAGGUGAUCCGUGGGACCUUUGUCUCCUGCCCGGAGACAGGGCAGCCGUCACUCUGCCUGGUUUGAAGAAGAUACAGUUCGUUUCUACUCAGGGAAAUGUCACGCUACAGGAUGUUGUUGAAGUAGAUGGACUAUGUUAUGGAAUAGAUUUCUGUGAUGACAACUUGAUAGUGUCCUUCUUCGGCCCAUGUAAGGUUGUGUUGAUGGACAUGAAAGGAAAGGUGAAGAAGAGUGUGGACAAAGACAGCAGUGGAAAACCUUUGUUUCAGUUACCCUGCUAUCUGACAGUGACCAGGGAGAGCCAGACUCCUCCAGUCAUAUAUGUCUCAGACUGGCCCACCCACACCAUAACCAAGCUGAACAUCUCACUAGAGGUGCUCCAGUCGUACCAAGAUCCGAUACUGGAAUCACCACGUGGUCUGGCAGCUGUGGGAGACAACCAGCUGCUCGUGUGUGGGUGUGUCAGUAACAACAUACUGCUACGAAACACGCUCACAGGCAAGAUAACCAAACUGCUGGGGAAGGAAGAGGGGAUAGAGAGUCCACACAGUGUGGCUUACUGUCCACUGAGGAAGAUGAUGUUUGUCACAUUCAGUCUAUCAAAUAGACCUGAAUUGGAAAAUUUCGUGAAAGUAUUCAACUUAGUAUAAAUCAAGUCUGCCAAUUAAUAUGAGUGAAAUCUAUAUCAGGUGUGAAGUAAUUGUUAUGUUUAAGAAUAAUUAUAAUGUAUAAUAUUAUACUGACAAUACGCAUAUACAAUGUUUAUUUCACAUAUCGCGCGAUUCAAUUACUGUGAGAGUUUUUAGCGGAAACUUGACUUUUAAAUUAUGUUGAAUUCUUACAGUUUUCAUAAGUGACAAGUCGUGUAGUAAUUCGUUAUAAGACAUGAAUACACGAGUAUGUGAAUGUUUAUUAUUAGUUGAAAUGUAAGUGGCUGAUUGUGAAUGAAUUAUACCAAAAAGUUGGUUUCUUACCACACGAGAGCGAAUGUAGGUAAAAUGUGUGAAUCAAACAUUGCUAUUUUGUAAUUGAAUGUUCAAAAAUAUAGAGUUAUAUACAAAGUUUGUCUUUUGUCCAUGCAGUUUGUAUUUAGUACAUAUGAUGUGUUUAAUUGAUAUUUAACAUGUCCGUAUCCUAUACAUGUAUAUUGAUUGAAUAAUUCUAUAGACAUUGACCUAAGUGUGUAUUGUUUCUAAACAUAUUGAUUUAACUAAUUAAACGGACAUUGACCAAAGUAAAAGUGCUUUCCGCACAUAUUAAUUGAAUGAUUUAACAGAC